CGUGGGUUGGCUUGUCAAUCAAAGUGCUAUUUUGUUUUCUUCCUGGUUAGCUUCACAGUGACAGAGGAGCAAAAACAUUCGGCAUAUUUCACACUGAUUUGUGAAGGAAGAGAGACCAUGUGGAUGUCACAUGAACAACAAGGAUGAGACAAAAACAACUGGGAGUUAACUUGUUGAGGAGAGGACUGCUGCCGCCCUACUUCUCCAUCCAACUGGGGAUUUGCUGCCUGUCCCACCCUCCACCCAAACAUAUGCAAUGAACAGCACUACUCAGCCCCCUGCCAUCAUAGACGGGGAUGUGGCAGUCAGUUCUGUGUUGGUACCAUUCUUCCUCAUCACCUUCAUCGGGAUAGCUGCAGCUGUGGUGAUGUAUGUGCGCAGGAAGAGAAGAAUUGACAGGCUCCGGCACCAGUUGCUUCCAGUCUAUACCUACGACCCCUCAGAAGAAUUACAUGAAGUUGAACAGGAAAUGCUGUGGAAAGAGGAAGAUACUAAGACAAUUUUGUCACCUGACGUGCUAUCACUUUACAUUUGCGUGCGGUAUAAACUGCGUGUCGUCCAUGUGGGGGAAAAACUCUGAGCUGGAUCUGUUGGAGCUUGAGCUGUUGUUUCCGACAUGGGUGUGGUGAAGGGUUGGGCACGGUCCUACCAGCAGCAACGUCCCCUGUUGAUGAAAGAUGCCCAUGCAUGAGUGUGUUGGAGCAGGACAUCGAUCUGUGCCAUCCUACAGAUCAGUGGAGUUAACCCUUGAGAUGCCAGAUUUGUCAAUCAUUAAACACAAAGGGGUUUUAGGAAAAGCAUGAUAAAUGGGAACAGCCUGUCAUGCCUUUGCAUCAUCAUCUUUGUCAUUACCAUUAUCAUCCAUCAGUCAUCAUCUCUGUUGGAGCAUUUACUUUGUACAGCGUCAGCCUCUAAGCUAAGGGGAGGUUGGUUAUUAUGUGAACCUCUGAUGCCAUGCCCGUUUUCCCGAAAGCCAUACCCUAAACCACGACACGUUGGCUAACUACUAGUGGACAUUAUUUAUUUGAGAUUAUUUAUUCAUUUUUUUUUUUAACUGUGUUUGUGUGUAUGUAGAGGUGGGUGUUACUGAAACAUUUGCCUUAAUGUCCAUUGUUACUGUUUUAAGUAGUACUAUACCAGUGAGAUUAGCAAAGCCUUGACCUUGGGUGGGAUGCUUCCCGUUGUACUACUAGUUUUAGUGGUGUAAAAUUAGGUUACUAUGUCCCUCACUAUUCAAUGUCAUAAGUUACACAGAUGUGCAGUCAAUCAAUUUGAGUCCUGCAAUUUUCCUUGUUUGUUGCACUGUGAAUACCAUUAUCAAAGCAACCAAAAUAAUACCUCCUCGUCAUCAUCCAGAUAUGCGAUGAUAAAACGGUGGUGAGAAGAGAGAGCAAGAUUGUUUCCUUUUCUCUCUCUCUUUUGUUUCACUUGAGUUGUUUCAAACAUCACAUUCAGAAAUAGGAUGUGCAGAGAGAGAGAACCCUCUGGCUGUAUCUGGGAUGUCACAUGAUGGCCAAUGAAUGUAGAUAGUCAAGCAGCCUCCCCUACCCCACCCACUCCUCUCCAUUAUUUAGCUGUGACUACUGCCCUAAAAAUGUCCUGUCUGGAAGACAGGGCAACAGGAUUCUUCUAGCAGAAGAAUGUCAUAGGCCUGACUGUAUGCAGUAUUCAGGAAACCUCAUGUGUCGUUAAAGAAAUGAGUGAACAGUGAUUCAUCCUUGGAUAAUGUGCUCUAUUCUAGGUUACCCACCUUUCCUCCUUGCAUUUGUGAAUGUCAUAUUCAGGAUGAGAGAUGAAGGCUCCCAUUGAAAUCAAUCAUCUUAUCAGCGCAUGUAUAUGUAUGUAGGAGUCCACUCAAUAAUUUAAACAGGGAAAUAUAUAUCAUGUAUUUCCAUUAAUUUGAAUGUGGAAUUUAGACUUUUGACUUGAAUAAUUGACUUUUUCCUGAAUGCUAAUGGCUACGUAUUACGCUCCACUAUUUAUAAAGUCGGAGUUAAUUCCCAUGCACAUUAAACAUAUAAUGCAUUCGAUUUAAAAUGCGGUGUUCUGAAAAGAAAAUACAGGAUAGACUGAUGAAAAUACAUGUAAUUUUGACAUCACUUAUCAAGAUUUUGCACACUAUUGUUCAAGACUGAUUAUUUUUGUUGCUUUCCAAUUGAAGCACUAAUUGACUGUCCAUGAAGUAAACUUGUAUGUGUCUUAGUGAGAAUAUGGACUUUUUAUAGAUGGUCUGGAUGUAAAGUAAAGCAAAAAUAAAAUGGAAAGGAGUUCCUA